GGGAUUGUGCGCGUGGACAAAACGAGCCGGCACAGGUCCGGUUUUUAAAGCCCGCGAUGAUUAGCGUGGCCGGACCUCUUCCUCUUCGUCUCGCAUACUCACCAGCGUCAAACCCGACGGUGGAAGGAAGCCCCUCCUCGCCGACCAUCGACGGCCUCCGUGUCUCCUCCAGCCGGAGAACGUAGCUACGCUAGCCCCUCUUUCCUCUCCUGUUUCGUCCCCCUCCUCCUCGUCCCAUCUGCUGGAACAUGGCGUUGAGCGGAGGAGAUUCGUCCGGAUUCGUCGAUUGCACAAUUCUGCUGCAAUCAGAAAUUGUAGUUGAUAAUAACCCCUCCAAGAGUACAAAUACCAAAGAGCAGAUUAUUUCUAUUACGGCUGAGAAAACAAGUGCUUCUGAUGCGCGGGGCUCUACCUCCUUAAAGUCACCAAAAGGUGCACAAGAGAAGGCUAAUUUUUUGGGAAAAGGUGGAGAACAGCCUUAUGUCUACCAGCCCAAUGUGUAUGCUCCACAGCCACAGACAGUCUAUUCUGGAGGAUAUAUCAACCCUUCAGGGCAAUGGGAAGAGUAUCCCUAUUAUGUGAGUAUGGAAGGAGUCCAUUCUGCGUCACCUUCAAUCAUGCUAUCUCCUGGGUAUGCGAACAACCCCCAAAUGAUGUAUGGAGCUUAUUCUCCUGUUUCAACUGUUGGAGAGGGUCAGUCCUACUCCCCUAUGCACUUCCCCUUCUCAAAUCCGUACUACCAGCCACCGGCUUCUCUUAGUAUGGGAUAUUCAAAUUCUGGUACUGGAAUGUCUCAAGGAGACCCUAUGCUUCAGCAAGAGUACUUCCUUCCUGAUGGUCUUCUCUAUUCACCCACAGCAGUGUACCGCCAACCAUUUGGGUCAUACAACAGAGCGGCAACACAACCAAGCAAUGCUUCGGGACUAUUUGGGCAAGGGAAUGCACCAUUGGCUUUUGGAAUGCAGCAUGGAACAAUGUAUAAUUCUGGAUCCUACAAGGCACACCAACAAGCUAGUAAAUAUGGAGGCACUACUCCUAAUUGGGGUUCUGCCGGUCGUAGAUUUAAUAAUUUUGACUGCAACUCCAGUCAACAAAGGGGGAGCAUGCCAUUCAAUAUCCAGAAUGGUGCUCUGGAGUUUCUGAACGAGCAAAACCGCGGCCCACGUGCUGCAAAACCAAAGAAACAAGACAGAGACAAUUCUUUAGUAGAUGACAAAAGCGAGAAAACCACUCUGCUUAUUGACAGUGAACUGUACAAUCGUCCUGAUUUUGCCACGGAGUACAAGGAUGCGAUUUUUUUUGUAAUUAAAUCAUACACAGAGGACCAUGUACAUAGGAGCAUUAAGUACAAUGUCUGGGCCAGCACAGCUAGUGGGAAUAGAAAGCUGGAUUCAGCUUAUCGUGCGGCCAAACAGAAAGAAGACCAUUCCCGUGUUUUCUUGUUCUUCUCGGUUAAUGGCAGUGGUCAGUUCUGCGGUGUUGCUGAGAUGAUUGGACCUGUUGACUUCGACAGGAGCGUUGAUUAUUGGCAGCAAGACAAGUGGAGUGGCCAGUUUCCUGUGAAGUGGCACAUUAUUAAGGAUGUCCCAAACACCCUACUCCGGCACAUCACUCUUGAGAACAAUGACAACAAACCUGUAACAAAUAGCAGGGACACUCAGGAGGUCAAGCUAGAGUAUGGUCUCCAGAUGCUAAGCAUAUUCAAGAAUCAUGAGGCCGAGACAACCAUUGUGGAGGACUUCGACUUCUAUGAGCAACGGGAGGAAGCCUUGAAGGAAAAUAGACGUCAGCAGCAGCCUGGCAGCGCAGAGUCCCUGAAGCCAACAGAUGCUAAGGCUGUAGGAAGUUCUGUUACUCAUAUCGUGGAUUCAUUUUCUCGAAGCGUCCAGCUGAAAGAGAUCGAGAAAAGUGAUAAGAGAACUGAUGGUGCCAUCUCAGUGAAUGGUUCACAGACAGCUACCGUCAAGGCCGAAAAAAGCACUGCAAACAAAACUACAGGUUCUGUGGAGGAGAGCAGUUGAUUACCUCCUGCCAUUUACUAGUUUGGAGCAGCAGUUGGAUCCAUAUGAUUUGAUGCUCGUCUGGAGUUGAGAAGGGAAAAAGCUGCCGAUUCGGGUUUAGAUUUGGGCUGCUGCUGCUUGCAGUUGUGAACAUCAUACUCCUUAUUUCGCCUCCAUUUAGGUUAUAGUUUUUCAAUAUCAUAGUUUCAAAAUUCUUGUUUGUGGAUCCUUGCUUCUGUGUUCUUUCUUGUUUUCUUCUCUCUUUGUUUUACUUGCGUUGUGUCGUGAAUGCUGUUCAGUUUUAGUGGCCUUCUCAUCACUUUUGGUUUACCGUCUGUCAUAAAUGCUGCCCAGUUGUGUUGUGAA